AGCGAAACCUAGACCCAUUUGAUUGAAGCCCGCCUGUGUGGAACACAGUGACGCACAGCCACACACAAACGCGCACUAAAAGAGACACAACUCGGGACCAAAACCAGAGGUUUAGUCACCGGACUUCACUUCCGAUUCACCAAGAGAGACUAAAGACCAAAAGCAACGACUUGGUACAGUAGCCUACUGUUAUCCGCUAUAUUGGAGGUUUUAGCAGUAGGCCUACUUUGAUAACAUUGAUCUUCACAUAGUAACCUAGUGCGUCGGGACUGGCUACUACCGCUGAGAGAGAGAGAGGGGGACACCGAAGAGUUUAUCCCUGUUUGACUUUGUCUAUUCUUCUUGAAAAAUAUGUCCGCACUAAUGGAACAACCCUUUUAUGACGACUCGUUUCUCUCUGCUUUCGGCCGUCCAGGAGGCGCUGCUGCCCCGCCACCGGACCCCAAGCUGCCCCGGCAGCAGAACAUGACCCUGGACCUCUGCGACCCCUACCACCGCUCCUCCUCUCACCUCCUCAAGCCGCACCACCUGCUGCGCGCCGCCGCGGCCGAUGGUGACUUCUACCCGAGCGUGCACGCGGACGUCGGCUCUCUGAAGCUCUGCGCCUCGAACCCCGACCUGGAGCGACUCAUCCUCCAGAACAGCACCGGAACCCCCACCAUCACCUCCACCUCCACCCCCAGCGGGUUCACCUACAGCCGCAGCAUCACCGAGGAACAGGAAGGCUUCGCGGACGGCUUCGUCAAGGCGCUGGACGACCUGCACAAGAUGAACCAAAUGGCGCCGCCCCCCAACGUGUCCAUCGGUGGCGGGACCCUCGGUACCCACAGCGGGGGGGUCCCCGCCUCCUCGGUGUUCGGCUCCUCGCUCCAGGCCGACCACCACCACCUCGAAUACACCAACCUGAGCAACUGCACGCCGAACACCGCCAACAUGUCGUCCUCUGCGCCCAGCUACCCCUCCACCACCAUCAGCUACCUGCCCCAUCACCAGUACCCCCACCACCACCACCACCAGCUGCCCCCCCAGGCGCACGGGUCUUCCCACCACUUCCAGCACUCCCUGCCCGGCGCAGGGAUCCUCCACGCGCAGCGCUACGGAGGGCUGAUGAAGGAGGAGCCGCAGACGGUGCCCGACCUGCAGAGCAGCGACUCCGGCUCCCCGGGGCCGAUGUCCCCGAUCGACAUGGAGAACCAGGAGCGCAUCAAGGCGGAGCGCAAGAAGCUGAGGAACCGCCUGGCCGCCACCAAGUGCCGGCGGCGGAAGCUGGAGCGCAUCUCGCGGCUGGAGGACAAGGUGAAGCUGUUGAAGAACGACAACAUGGGGCUGUCCAACACCGCGUCCCUGCUGCGGGAUCAGGUGGCCCAGCUCAAGCAGAAGGUCAUGACGCACGUCAGUAGCGGCUGUCAGCUCAUGAUGCCGCCUAAAGUCAAGUCUUACUGAAGACUGAAGUAAACGCACUUUUUCUGGAGCUGCUGAACAAUGCAGAGAGGACAUGGUUGGUCGUGGAGCGACACUGGGGAACAAAUUAGAGAAGUUCUGGUGCGUAUGGAGACGAGGAGACGUGGAGGACUAUGGACUUUAUAUGGAGGCUAAGUGAUGUGGAGGGUGGUUGUCUUGCCUUCAGGGACCACCAGAGAGACGCACUUAAAAGACUGAAACACUUUGGGGCAUUUGGAUCAAGUUUUGAUGAUGUUCCUGUCUUUGGCUUUGCCUGUUUACAUUCGACCGUGACGCGUUCAUGUGGUACUUAACUUAUUGGUUUCUUAUUGGUUGUGUUUUUUUGUACAGUAUAUAUAUUUAAGUAAAUAAUAUGAAUUGAA